AUGGCAGAAACAGAGACAGUGACAGCGGACACGCUGCGCAGCCACUGGAAAACCCUCACUAUCAAGCCGGAGGCUUUUGAUAAUUGCUACAAGCACCCCGUCAACUAUCUCCUGAAGGAAAAUUACGAGAGGGUUUUGUAUUGCUUUGAAUGCGAUAGAAUUGAGUUUCAUGAUGAGAGAGGGAAAGUUAUCUGGUCUACUGUUGGGUCGGGUAUAAUGGAUCCCUUUCCGGUUGAUGUUCAGGUCUUCAUAGUUAAUGGGAAGAUACGGUUAAGGGAUAAGAUUUGA